AUGUUGAGAUUACUAUCAUCACAUUCCAAACCUUUCAAUCUACUGCAUCAUUUAUCAAGACGUUGCUUUCAUCGAUCUUGCAUCACAUAUAAGGAUGAAAAGAUUUUGAAGAACUUAGCUGAUCUGUUCCAAAAGGGAGACAUACGUCCAGUAGAUGAACAAAAUAAAGACAAGUCCAACAAUAAAGACCCAGAAGAAGAUGAAGAAGAUUCAACUCAUUCAUCUACUCUACCGACGAAUCAAAUUGAUGAGUUUGAGAGUUAUUCAGUUAUGAAUAAACAACAGUUCCUUUUCCAAAUGGGGUUGGAUGGAGACAAACCAUUUAUGUCGUUUCACAACCCACAUUUUAUUGAUUCAAAGAAGAUUUUGCGUAAUAUACCUGAUCAAAUAGAUGUACUUGAUCCUAAGGAUAUGGAUCGGGUGCAAGAAAUAUACCAUCAACUACAACAGCUAGAUUCAAACCCUGCUAUGCAUGAAAAAUUUCUUAAACGGUACUUUUACGACUAUGAAAACGAUUUAAUGAAAUUAGGUCAAAAUAUGCGAGGAAUCAACUCCAAGUUCAAAAUGUUGAGACGCAACGAAAGCGAAAAGUUCAAUCCUGAAAGUGUAAUACAUGAAUAUGUUAAUGACAAAAUGAAACACCCUUACAAUGUUGUUGGAUUUGAUCGAAGUUUUAUUGGAAUGCCACUACGCAAAAACCUGGAAAAUGAGGCUGUACUCCCUCGCGAACUUAUUCAAGAUUUACCUGCAUUUGAUUCCAAAAUCACCCUCAAGAAGUUUGAUUUGAACUUUAUGGAGAAAGAUGGGUCCACAAAUGUUGACCCUACAUUUGUUACUCCACUAAAGGAGUUGUUUGACUAUGAAAAUAAAAAUUAUUCUGGGGGUGGUAUUUACUCAUCACCUUCGUCAUCACCGGCAAAAUUAGCACAACGAGCAACUCAUGCUUAUUUAACUAGUAAAUUGGGAUUGCCUAGGUACAAUAUUCAAAUUCAAAACACUGAAGAUUAUAAUCGAUUGAAGUUGAAUAACCAUCAAAUUACUAAUCGUAUUGAGCAAGAGAUUCGGGUCAUGAAGAAAUCGCUUUUGGAAGAAAUUAGAACCACAGUUGAGAGUUCAAAUGCUCAUUUAAUGAGUAGUGAUACCCACAAUGACUACAUAAAAUCAAAUCAGUAUAUUCUUUGUGCCAUAAAGGAAGAAUUACAAGGUACAGUUUACAUUUGGAAAAGCUUUAGUAUACUUCCUGUAUACUUUAUGCUUCCAUUGACCAAAAGACGUGAAAGACAUUUAGUUAAUCAUUUAUUCAAAUUAUUCUUGAUCAAUCUUGAAGAGAAAAUUGAUAUCUUAUUCAAGAUUAAAUAUGAUCGAGCUAGAGAUACUCAAAAGUUUAUGAAGAAUGUGAUUAAGAACAUUGGUCAUACUAUAAAGUUUAGAUUAUGGAGGUAUUUCAAAACUACCAAGAACUCACUCAAUGCAUCAUCUGCAGCAGCUACUAUUUCAUCAUCUAUUCAAUUACCGUUACUUAAGACAAACUUCAAGAAUAAACAAGCGGUGAUUUAUUCUCCAUUUAAGAAGUCACCUUUCAAGCGUAUUUAUUGGAUACUGAAACCACAUGCAGCUCGUCGCAAUUUACGCAAAUCAUCUGUUAGUGUUGAUUAUGCCGUUAUUGGAGAGGAUCUACUUGAAUAA